CUUCUCUCCACUAUGAGGCGCUGGCGUGUCAUUAAGCUUUGUUGAACAGCAGUAGAAGAAGACGGCAACUCAGCCCACUUCUUGCUUUUCUGCUGUAAACAAUAAAUGUGAAUCUUUGACAACUUUUUAAAACAUUCAAUCGACUUGCCGCCAUCACCGCGUUAUGAACACGUGCAAAACUUGAAAGUGCGUACAGGCUGGCGGCUGCCAUGAGCAGUGAACGGUCGACGGUGUGACUGCCAGAGAAUGGCCGCGGAGUUGUUUCCCACCAAGAAGCUUCUUCCGUCCGCCUUGGAGCAGGAGCAGCAACAGCAGGAGCAGAACCAACAGUACCAGCACGCGCACGACCAACAGAACCUGAGCAACAACAACAGCACCUCCAGGCAGGCCGGCUGCACUUGGCAAGGCCUGUACCCCACCAUCCGGGAGAGGAACUCAGUCAUGUUUAACAACGAAAUGAUGGCAGAUAUCUACUUUGUGGUGGGACCACCAGGAGGGACACAGCGGAUUCCGGGCCACAAGUACGUCCUGGCCGUGGGAAGCUCUGUGUUCCACGCCAUGUUCUACGGCGAGCUGGCCGAGGAUCAGGACGAGAUCCGCAUCCCCGACGUGGAGCCGCCGUCCUUCCUCGCCAUGCUCAAGUACAUCUACUGUGACGAGAUUGAACUGUGUGCCGACACAGUUCUGGCCACACUAUACGCCGCCAAGAAGUACAUCGUGCCGCACCUGGCGCGCGCCUGCGUCAACUUCCUGGAGACGAGCCUGAGCGCCAAGAACGCCUGCGUGCUCCUGUCUCAGAGCUGCCUGUUCGAAGAGCCCGACCUGACGCAGCGCUGCUGGGAGGUGAUCGACGCUCAGGCCGAGCUGGCCCUGCGCUCCGAGGGCUUCUGCGACAUCGACGUGCACACGCUGGAGAGCAUCCUGCGCCGCGAGACGCUCAACGCCAAGGAGAUGGUGGUGUUCGAGGCGGCGCUCAGCUGGGCCGAGGCCGAGUGCCAGCGCCGGGACUUGAGGCCUACCAUUGAGAACAAGAGGCUGGUGCUUGGCAAGGCCAUCUACCUGAUCCGCAUCCCCGCCAUGGCUCUGGAGGACUUCGCCAACGGGGCGGCGCAGUCCGGUGUGCUGACGCUGAAUGAGACCAACGACAUCUUCUUGUGGUACACGGCGGCCAACAAGCCCGAGCUGCUGUUCUGCAGCAAGCCCCGCCAAGGCCUCGCACCGCAGCGCUGCCAUCGAUUCCAGUCGUGCGCCUACCGCAGCAACCAGUGGCGCUACCGCGGCCGCUGCGACAGCAUCCAGUUCGCCGUGGACAAGCGCGUCUUCGUGGCCGGCUUCGGCCUUUAUGGGUCCAGCUGCGGCUCCGCUGAAUACGGGGCCAAGAUGGAGUUAAAGCGUCAGGGCGCGGCCGUGGCGCAGCGUGUCAUCAAGUACUUCUCGGACGGCUCCAGCUCCACCUUCGCCGUGUGGUUCGAGCACCCGGUCCAGAUAGAGCCCGACGCCUUCUACACGGCCAGCGUGGUUCUCGACGGAAACGAGCUCAGUUACUUCGGACAGGAAGGCAUGACCGAGGUGCAGUGCGGUAAGGUCACCUUCCAGUUCCAGUGCUCCUCAGACAGCACCAACGGAACCGGCGUGCAAGGUGGUCAGAUACCAGAACUCAUUUUCUACGCCUGAGGUGCCAACGCAGUCAUUGUGGAUCAUAUGGAAAGCCCUUUGAGCAUUUAUUACAUUUAUUCGUACUAGUACAGUACAGCCUCAGUUCUCCAACAUCCCUGUUCUCGAACAAAUUUCGAGAUUUUUCUGCUUCCGUUUUCGAACAAAAAUCGGUACUCGAACACCCCACCCAAACCCGUAAAUAACAGAACCCGCGCGAACACACCAGCUGACACACGACGCGCUUUGUUGUGGAUUCCCAGCCCGCCGAAAAAAAACCCCAAAACGGAAAUAACAUAACGUGCGCGUCGUGGGUCGGCUGACCCACCCACGAUGUGCUUUGUUAUUGUCAAUUUCAACGAAUCCCUCAAAAAAAAAAAACGGAAAUAACAACUCGCGCGGCGGUUGAUUUGGUUUUCGAAGAAAUCGGUUUUCAAGCCGCCUUCGAGAACGGAUUGUGGUCGCGAACAGAGGCUCUACUGUUUGUGCUUUUAUCCUCGCUAGCAUGGACAACACUUGUAGAAUAUAAUUUCACAAUUUGUCCUUCAUAGUGGCUAAUGUCAAGUCAAGUCCCAAAAACAUGGAUGGUAGCUUAAUUGAAGACGCAUAGAAGGCGCAAAUGCUUGGCCUGUGUAUAUUCCCAGUGACUAGCUAGCGACCAGUUCAGGGUGUAGCCCACCUCUCGUCCUAAGUCUUUUGAACUCAGCACCAGCACGCCCACGAUACUAGUGAGGAUAGGCGUUAGGAAAAUAGAUGGAUGAAAUUAACUGGGCUGGCCAUGUCGCUACAGUUAUUGAUCUAUUUACAGGAAAGUGAACCACAUAAAGAAGUGGCAGCUAAACGAAAAUCCAGAUGUGAAGGACAAGACAGGACAAGAGACUAAUUAGAUACUUGUGUAUGAAUUUGCUUUAAUGACUGCUCGCAUCAUUUUGCGUAAUAUUUUGUAUGUUUUGAAGUGAUUUUUUUUUUUUUUUUAAGAAUGCAGUCAUUUUGCUUGGAGAUAGAUGAAGCGGAAAAUUUCGAACUGUACAACAUAAGCCCCAGGCAUAUAAGUAAUCAAGCAUACUAAUAUAUGAUAUUGAAAAAAUGCUCUAAAGCUAAAUCUGUUUGAGCAUUUUUCCAAUGUCCCCUUACGCUCUAUGUACUAGUAUGCGUUUUGUCCUCACUAGUAAGACAAUUCACCAUACUAGUUGGUUGUGUAAUAAAUGCUGUAAUGGUUAUAGCUGCAAACAAAUUGUCUUACUAGUGGGCAAAAAGCGCAUUCUUUUACCUAAAUGGACCUGAAGGUAUGCAAUAAAUGCUCAAGAUGGCUUUCAUAAGUUUGUGCUUUCUAUCACCUUCAAAGCAAACAAGAAGCCUCUCCUGAAUUCUUCAUCAUCUCCACCACAGAAGAUGUGAAUUUUUUUUUCACGUUUCUUCACAAACUUCUGAAGUGAGGGAAUGACUCAAAAGAAGAAAAAAAAGUUUUGAUCUUGUCAUCUUUUGCUUUGUGUUGUUCUCUGUGAACAAUCAUCCAGAAACUGUUUUUUUUUUGCCUUAAAAAUAAUCAGACACAAAAACGCUGCCUCUGAAACCCCAACGAGGCGACAUUUCUUGUUUUUGUCAAGUGCGUGGUCACGCGUUUGUGUCAGUAGUUUUCUGUGUCCGACCAAGUUUUUUCACAUCUUUGCUGAAUGUGUGCGAUGGCGGAAGUGGCCUUAAAUCUAAAUAAAAGCAUUCUAUUGUAUUGAGUAUUUGUAUAUUUAUAUAGCUGUUUAUUCUUACUUUUAUUGACAAAGAAAAAGCUAACGAGAUAGUUGGAAACUUUUUGUCCUCCACUUCCGAUCCAAAUUUCUGAAUCCAGAUGUGGUCUCAAUCAUAAUAAAUACAUUAUAUCACGUUGA